AUGGAGACAACUGCCAACGUUGAGAUCUUGGUGCAUGUCACAGCACCGUGCAGGACCGUCGAUGAUGCGCGCUACCGGGCCCUGGCACAGGCAUAUCUCGACUUUAACCCAACAAGCCAGACCAAGAUCAUAAGCGGACCUUCACCCAGUAUUGCAAAAGAAGUCAUUCCAAGCUCACAGGUUGAGCUGCCGGAAUUGCCUGCUUGGUCUAAUGCACCACCACCGAUCCUUAGUAGUGAUGCAACCCGGCCUGCCACCUCUUCACCAUCGCGGCCACCGUCGCCACCUCCACCAAUAUCGUUUGGAUCAUUUGGCUCUUUUCGUUCGCAGGAGCUGUCAUUCAGAAAUGUUUUGGACAACAGGAACUCACCAGGCCUGGCUCGGCCACUUAUACCCAGAGACAUAGUACCCUCGUCCCUACCAGAGCCAGAGCCGCAACAGACCCAGAGCAGUUGGCAGGCUCCUCCGAGUACCAUUGGCGAUUCCCAACCUUUGAAUACCGUCAGUCUCCCAGAGUUCUCAUCUCCUAGCCGGUUAUUCGAGCACCUGGCUUGCCAGUUUGACAGCCAAGCCGCCGGGGUAUCUCCACAAGAUUCGGGAAUCCAGCAAGCCCGAACGCCGGCACCAGCUCCAGAGGAAGAAGAGGAUGAAGAUGAGGACGAAGGCCAAGUUGCCCUCGUAGCAUCAAGCUUUUGGCCUCCAGCCGACAACGAAGCGACCACGAGCCCUGCAUAUUCGGCAGAGAAGGUGGUCGAAAGGACACCAUUUGCUGCAUUUAAGCGGCCACUUUUACCCAGCUCGCCCUUCGAGCAGGUCAUACAAGAUACGCCAUGUCAGCCUUCAAAAAAAAGGAGACUGCCUUUAUCACCGACACGAGCCGGUUCUGAGCCUCCUCUUUCGUCAAAGCGGCACAGAAGAUCUGCGCCCAUCUCUGAGUCAAGGUCGGUCAUAACCAGAAGCUCAUCAGACGUUGGAACCGUUCUUACAGAUUUAUACCGCCCUGUACGCCCCCCAAACGAGCGGCACCUGAAUUACCUCGAUCGCCUCGAAAUCCAUCCAGCCGGACCUCCCGUCGGGACCACUGACUUGACACCUGACGACCUCCUUACGCCCAAACUUCGGGAACUAGCCCGUCAGCUGAACAUCUCAAAGCGCUACGCGCCCAUCGUGCAGGAGCGGGAACUUCGACCCUUCGAGCGAGGCCAUUGGCAGCUUGAUUGGACCAGGUGGCGGCCCACGCUACGCGAACGCGCGUGGCACUUCCUCACGGACUACAUCCUCGAGGGGUUCGCUGGCUGGGGCGUCUGGUGCAAGCGCGCCGAGGACUGGACCGGGCUGCGGGUCUACUGCUGGGGCCACAUCGCGGGUCACGUUUACCUGGCUCUGUAUCUGGCGAGCGAGAGGGCUUUGAAGAAGGACGUGGCGCGUUGGGUGGACGGCGCAGGCGAGGUUGUCGUCAUCACCCACGGGCAUGGUAAUUCCGAGUCCGGGGAGAGCAUGGACGACGGCCCGGACGACGUGACGCGAGAUGGGAGAGAAAAAGUAGCAUGA